AUGGGUACUGAUCAGUUGUUGAAAAGAAAUUAUAUUAAGAAAUGUCAGAAGAGAAUUUCUGCAACGUAUCCAUUUUAUUAUGUGCUUCGAGAGCAAAGAUUGGUGUGUCUUUUUGUUGGAAUUGCGAUAUCGUGUAUGGUUUUCACUAUCAUUCCCUCUGUUUCGCCGUCGCGUGAAGAGUGGAUCGCUGAAUCCAAUGAGCCCAUUCAAUUGCCCCGAAGAACUGCGUAUGAGUUACGUGAACGUGAUGGAAAUGGGCACCAUGGUGCAGUGUGUUUAACUAUUUUCUCAUUGUUCUGCAACCAUGUAAGACUUAGACCCGCCCACAUUAAUACGAAAAAGGCCCUGCCCUUUCCUUCGAAACUUGAUGGUGAUGCGGGUGGAAGAAUUCCUUUGGGGUUGAAAAGUAAAAGUUUAAGGAUUUUGGUUACUGGUGGAGCUGGUUUUUUGGGGAGCCAUUUGGUGGAUUGUCUGAUAGCACGUGGCGACAAUGUGAUUGUGGUUGAUAAUUUUUUUACAGGACGUAAGGAAAAUCUUUUAUCCGACAUAAACAACCCCAAGUUUGAGCUCAUUCGACAUGAUGUAGUCGAGCCCAUUCUGCUAGAGGUGGACCAAAUCUACCAUUUGGCUUGCCCUGCAUCUCCUGUUCAUUACAAGUACAACCCUGUCAAGACAAUUAUAUCCUUUUAA